UUUUUUAGGAAUUGCUGCAACUUUCCUGGGAUUAUCUGCAAUGACAUUUUUUGAUUAGUUCGUUUUCAAAAUAUUGAUCUUGUUUGUUAGUCUGCGGCCAUUGUUAAAUAGUACGAUCUUGUAUGUUUGGCGCGUCUUCUGGUGCUGUUCAUUCCUACUCGAUAAAAGAACAACUUAUGACGGGGAAUUCUGUUAUUAAAUUCUGAAAUUGUUUACUGCAGUGAUAUUAAAUGAUUGCUGACACUUAUAACUAGUAUGUUAACGAUGCAAAUACUCUGUGUUCGUUGGAAUUUUUGUAGCCUACAGCAAGUCAUGAAUGUCGCUUUUGUGUAUAUUUUUGCUUGCUCUUAAGUGUAUGGUCAUUGCCUGAAUUCCUUGAAAGGGAAAAGGCAAAAAUCCCUGGCAUUCCAAUGACGGCAUUUGGUAAAACAGAUGAUAGUUCCAUCUCAUUUAGUAUUAUUAAGUGAACUAAAAAUGUGUGAUCAACAAAUUGUUCAUGAUGAUCAAAAAAUCAGCAUUGCUGCUGUUUCUUGUUUUCAUUCCCCGAGCAACUAUGUAGUGACAAGUUUAGAAAAUUGAGUACAGAGAGUUUGCCCGGCUUAGCAGGCUGGAGUUAUUCGUCACCUUGUUUACUAAAGCACAAUCACAAUAAGAGGCCUAGAUAGUUUGACCAUUUUCCAAGUACCUAUGUGUCCCCACUGCCACAUUCCUUGCAAAAUUUGUUCUUUUGUGUUUGGCUCUGCAUUUCAUUCUAUUAUCUUUCAGGUAUUGCUGACACCGACACAUCUAGGUAUAGUGAUGGAGUAUGCAGCAGGAGGGGAACUCUUUGAGAGGAUAUGUAAAGCUGGCAGAUUCAAUGAAGAUGAGGCGAGGUUUUUCUUUCAACAACUGAUUUCAGGUGUCAGCUACUGUCAUUCAAUGCAAAUUUGUCACAGAGAUCUUAAGUUGGAGAAUACACUAUUAGAUGGAAGUGUUGCACCCCGCGUUAAAAUAUGUGAUUUUGGUUACUCCAAGUCAGCGGUGUUUCAUUCUCAGCCUAAAUCAACCGUAGGAACUCCAGCUUAUAUUGCCCCUGAGGUGCUUUCUAAGAAAGAAUAUGAUGGCAAGCUUGCAGAUGUCUGGUCAUGUGGCGUCACAUUAUACGUGAUGCUUGUGGGAGCUUAUCCUUUUGAAGACCCUAGCGAUCCCAAAAAUUUUAGGAAGAGCAUUGGGAGAAUACUCACUGUUAAUUACUCCAUUCCUGAGCAAGUCCGGAUUUCUAUUGAAUGUCGGCAUCUCUUAUCUCGGAUUUUUGUGGCUAACCCUGAAAAGAGAAUCAGCAUUUCAGAAAUCAGGAAGCAUCCUUGGUACUUGAAAAACUUGCCAGUGGAACUAAUAGAAGGGGGAAGCUUGCAAACCAAUGACGUAAAUGACCCAUCCCAAAGCAUGGAUGAAGCAUUGGCAAUAAUACAAGAGGCAAAAAAAAUAGAUGUCGAAAAAACUGGGCUGCUUUCCGUGGCCAGCAUGGAUCUUGAUGAUUUGGAUGAUGCUGAUUUAGAGGAAGAUCUUGGAGCCAGUGGUGACUUUGUUUGUGCAGUCUAAAGGGUUUCCCGAUUUGAAGUGUAAAUUUGCUUGUAGUGUAUCCAGUAGAAUAUAUUAGCACUUUCCUAAUUUCAUUUUUCCUAAUUAUACAAUUGGAGGUAAUUGGAGGAUUUUGCAUUCAUACAAUGCUUUAAGAAGAUUGUACAUUAUUUUCAGGGACAACUUCUAUCACACAUCAUAGCUAGUAUUCCUUCCAUUUUUUUUAUAUGUCUUUCUAGAGAAAUCAUCAAAAUCAAGAAAACAUUAAUUAAUGUAGUUAAAAUACAAAAAGACCUUUAUUUA